AUCCUACGGAGGGUUGCCCCCAUUUUCAUUCCCUUCCUCUAUUCGAGUUACUACGAUGAUGCCUUCUCUGAUCUUCAAUCCUAUGUCAUUUCAUCUCCACCACCCAACACCUUCUGUCCAGAUUAUCCACCGACCUUUGAAGCCCCCGCCGGCUCUCCGAUCAGUUAUCCCGGUGAGGAGCUUCGCUUCCGCGCCAGGUUUUGACCUCAAAGCUGGGAAAGGAAUGGGUGGGUUCUUUGAUGUUGAACUUAAAGUCCGUGAUUAUGAACUGGAUCAGUAUGGAGUGGUCAACAAUGCUGUUUAUGCAAGUUAUUGCCAACAUAGUCGUCAUGAACUCUUAGAAAGCAUUGGUAUUAGUGCUGAUGCUGUGGCCCGUAGCGGUGAUGCAUUGGCACUGUCAGAAUUGUUACUUAAAUUCCUUGCUCCUCUAAGAAGUGGAGAUAAAUUUAUUGUAAGGGUUAGAAUUUCGGGUUCUUCAGCUGCUCGAUUGUACUUUGAUCAUUUCAUCUUCAAGCUGCCAAGCCUAGAGCCUAUUUUGGAAGCCAAGGGUACUGCUGUGUGGCUUGACAAAAAUUACCGUCCUGUUCGUAUUCCAUCAGAGAUGAAGUCUAAAUUUGUGCAAUUUCUUCGUAAUAAGGACUCUUAG